AUGGGUGAUCAGCCCAAGACGGCAUACAUAACAGGUGGCGCAAGUGGCAUAGGUCUCGCCCUAUCAACCCACCUCCUAUCCAAAAACUACAGAGUGUUCAUAGCCGACCGCAACACGGCUGGCGCUAUACACCUCGCCGACCAGCACAACACGCCCAACAACACCGUCCUCUACUAUGCUACCUGCGACACGUCAAGUUGGGAAUCUCAGCUCUCUGUCUUUCAAGCCGCACUUAAAGCUCUCGGUGGACGCAUCUCCUGUGUAUUCCCUAUUGCAGGCAUCGGCGAGAAGAAGUGGCUUCCCUUUCCUUCUGAGAGCUGCAAGCAGCCCACCGAUUCAUUUACGAGACCCGAUCUCUCAGUUAUCGAUGUAGAUCUCACUGGUGUUCUCUAUACCAUCGCGUUAACGAUACAGCAUUUUCGACGUCAGGAUCUUGUUGUUUGGGGGGAUAGAGGAUCCGAAGACCCGUAUCUCCUGCGCGGCACAAUUGGUCUGGUAGCAAGUGUAUGUGGGUUUUACUGUGUACCCAGUCUACCCAUAUAUACAGCAGCAAAACACGCUUUGAUCGGCUUAACGCGAUCUUACGGCGCAUUGCUCUGGGAAGAGGGUAUUGCCGUUAAUGCCGUGGCGCCGAAUGUUGUCAGGACGGGAAUUAGCGCGGAGGAGUUCUAUCAUAGUCUGGAGAAGGAGGGUUUGUUGACACCGAUGGAUGUGUUGAUGGAAGCUUUUGAUGUCAUGUUAGAGAGAGCAAAGAGUGCAGUAGUGUACGAAUGUGGUGCGAAGGGCUGGACAGUGAGGGAAGGUGCAGAAUAUUUGGAUGAGGAGAGUGGGAGAUGUUGUGACUUGCUCAAGGAAAGAGGAAGGAAAUUGCAUUAUGGGUUGGAGUAA